AUGAAAGGUCAGAGGUGACUCUCAACUCGGACACUUUCAGUGGUGAUUACAUUGGCCAAUCAGCAUCAAUUACAUGUCAGCUAACCUCCACUGACACAUAGAGACCUCAAGGUCACAUCAUCAAUUGAGAGUUAAAAUGCUUGAUGGACUGUUUAGUUUCCAGACUGGUUAAGAGACCACAGACUGGUUCAGAGACUACAUACUAGGGUUGAAACACAGUCUCAAACGGUCCCCUGAUGCAGCACAAUCUAUAGGUGAAUGCUUCAGAGGUAAGUGGUGUAAUUUCACGUUUUAAACCAUGAAGAUUCCUGUCAGUAAUUGAACUUCCAACAUUAUGUAAAUUGUUAAUUUGAUGUAAAAUAAUUAUGAUUAUGUGGAAUUUCAUGACUUGGUGUGUAGCUAGCUGUUAAACUAAUACAGUGACAGACUGAUUUAACAACAGAGACAGUCCUCAUAUGUCCCAAAGAAUACCUCUCCAGUGUGUGUGGUUAUACCUGUGUGUGUGGUCUCACCUGUGUUCCUACGUGUGUGUGUGUGUGUUGCAGGAGGAGGGUGUGUGGCAGAGAUGUCCGUCACAGCAGUGUAGUCACGGCGACAGAGUCGUUCGUCCAGCCUGUUCACAAGCCCUACAUCACCCUGUGUCAGGGCCACCGCUUCUGCAGCACCUACAAGUAAGAGAGAUAGCCAUGACGGUCAUGAUCACGAUCACUGUUGCUAUCGCUAUCACUGCAAACAUCCCACCUAAUCUUAUCAUAAUACCAUGCUAAUGCCACCAAAAGGUCCAUAUCACUUCCCAUUCAACUACAGACCGCAAAAACACUACAGUAAAUACUACAGUAAUGUCCGCAAAAACACUACAGUCCGCAAAAAUACUACAGUAAUUACUAUAGUAUAUUAUACUACACUAUUUAAUUUGCAUAUACCCUGCCUAUUCUCCUCUACCAUAUCCCAAUUUGUGCCACCCAUAAGUGAGAAACCUACUUGCCAAGUAUUUUGUUCCAUACAGGUUAUAGAAAAAAGCAGAAGCGCUAAACUAUGUGUUCAGUCCUACCUACCAACAGGUUAUGGAUAAAUUGUUCUUUGAGUGUUUUGUCCAGUAGGUUUCCUCAAGGAAAAAGCAGCCACUGCUAUAUCAAAGAUAAUAAAACACUAUAGGAAAUACUACAGUAAUAUUCACAAAAACACUAUAGUAAAUACUACAGUCGGCAAAAACACUACAGUAAAUAUUACAGUAUACUACAGUCUGCAAAAACACUACAGUAAUUACUAUAGUAUAUACUACUAUAUACUUUUUUGUAUAUACUAUAUUAAACUGUAAAUACUACAGUAAUGUCCACAAAAACACUACAGUGAAUACUAUAGUAUUUAUACCAUAGUACAUUAUAGUAUUUUUUCAUGUGGGAUCACUCUCUUAUAUCAUACUCGUACACAGAAGUGGGUCACGGCACAUAUUUUUGGGGAAUCCAAAUAUCAAGCACUUUGUAUAACUACGGGAAAUGAACAGCCAGCCAACAGAGCCCACUGCUGUGUUUAUCUUGGACAACCUCUCCCUCCGUACUUACGCACUCUUUCUUUCUCAUUCUCCCUUUAGCUUGUUCUCUCUCUCUCUUUCUCUCUUCCUGCACAGUAAUGUGCCCACAUGAAAAAAUACUAUAGUAUACUAUGGUAUAAAUACUAAAGUAUUCACUGUAGUGUUUUUGCAGACUCUACUGUAGUAUUCACUGUAGUGUUUUUGCGGAUUAAAGUCAGCAAAAACACUACAGUGAAUAAUGUAGUAUUUACUGUAGUAAACUGUAUUAUACUGUAGUAUACUGUAGUAUUUACAGUUAAAUAUAGUAUAAAUACUGUAGUAAAGGAAAAAUGUAGUAUACACUAUAGUAACUAAUGUAGUGUUUUUGCGGAUUGUAGUAUACUGUAGUAUUUACUAUAGUGUUUUUGCGGACUGUAGUAUACUGUAGUAUUUACUGUAGUGUUUAUGCAGACAUUACUGUAGUAUUUACUGUAGUGUUUUUGUUUCAUAUUUGACAUAGAAGUGGAGGCUUUCUCUUUCAGGAAACCUAUUUGAAAAAAUAUUAAAAGAGCACAUUUUCCAUUAGUAAGUAGGUAGGUUCAGCACUUCUGCUCUUGUCUAUAUAAUGUAGGAAACACAAUAUAUUCUAUACUUGGCAUGUAGGUUUCUCACUUACGGGUGGCACAAAUUGGGAUACAGGGGAGGGGAAUGGGCAGGGUAAUGCAAAUAAAUACUGUAGUAUUUACUAUAGUUUAAAAAAUGUAGUGUUUUUGCAAACAUUACUACAAUGUUUUUUUUGCAGAUAAUGCUGUAAUAUUUGCUGUGGUAUUGUACAGUAUACUACAACAUUCUAUAGUAAGUACUACACAUGAUGUGGGUGAGCAAUGCAGCAGACCUCCCAACAACUAUAAUUAUAAACGUACCUUCCAACCAUGAGGCUGUUAUGAAUUAAUUUGUUUGAGGCAUCAUUCGUGAGGCAAUUUUUCUCCUUUCCUCCCUCUUUCCCCCUCCUUCCCUCUCUCCCUCUCUGAUGUCUGUGCCCGUUCACUGAGGACAAUGCCAGGAAACAUUUCAGCAGAUUUCAGUGAAACAGCUGAACGCAGAACUGGCUUGGUGUCACCCCCUCUUCCUCCCCUCCUUUACACAUUUCCCGCCCUUGUCACACGCACUUGGUAACCAGUGGUCCAUGGUCUAGCCUAAUAUUCCAGUGAAUUCCCAUUCUCUCAUCUACACUAUAUAUACAAAAGUAUGUGGACACCCCUUCAAAUUAGUGGAUUCAGCUAUUUCAGCUACACCCGUUGCUGACUGGUGUAUAAAAUCAAGCACACUGCCAUGCAAUCUCCAUAGACAAACAUUGGCAGUAGAAUGGCCUUACUGAACAGCUCAGUGACUUUCAACGUGGCACCGUCAUAGGAUGCCACCUUUCAGUUCGUCAAAUGUCUGCCUUGCUAGAGCUGUCAACUGUAAGUGUUGUUAUUGUGAAGUGGAAACGUCCAGGAGCAACAACGGCUCAGCCGCGAAGUGGUAGGCCACACAAAAUCACAGAACGGGACCGGCGAGUGCUGAAGCACGUAGCGCUUAAAGAUCGUCUGUCCUCGGUUGCAACACUCACUACCGUGUUCCAAACUGCCUCUGGAGGCAAUGUCAGCACAAUAACUGUUCUUCUGGAGCUUCAUGAAAUGGGUUUCCAUGGCCGAGCAGCCACACACAAGCCUAAGAUCACCAUGCGCAAUGCCAAGCGUCGGCUGGUGUUCUGUAAAGCUUGCCGUCAUUGGACUCUGGAGCAGUGGUAACGCGUUCUUUGGCGUGAUGAAUCACGCUUCAACAUCUGGCAGUCUGACGGACAAAUCUGGGUUUGGCGGCUGCCAGGAGAACACUACCUGCCCCAAUGCAUAGUGCCAACUGUAAAGUUUGGUGGAGGAGGAAUAAGGGUCUGGGGCUGUUUUUCUUGGUUCGGGCUAGGCCCCUUAAUUCCAGUGAAGGGAAAUCUUAACGCAUAUAAUGACAUUCAUGAUUAUUCUGGGCAUCCAACUUUGUGGCAACAGUUUGGGGAAGGCCUUUUCCUGUUUCAGCAUGACAAUGCACACGUGCACAAAGCGAGGUCCAUACAGAAAUGGUUUGUCGAGAUCGGUGUGGAAGAACUUGACUGGCCUGCACAGAGCCCUGACCUCAACCCCAUCGAACACCUUUGGGAUGAAUUGGAACACCGACUGCGAGCCAGGCCUAAUCGCCCAACAUCAGUGCCCUACCUCACUAUUGCUCUUGUGGCUGAAUGGAAGGAUGUUCCAACAUCUAGUGGAAAGCCUUCCCAGGAGAGUGGAGGCUGUAAUAGCAGCAAAGGGCGGACCAACUCCAUAUUAAUGCCCAUGAUUUUUUUUAUGAGAUGUUCGACGAACAAGUGUCCACAUACUUUUGGUCAUGUAGUGUACAUUCUUCUCUGCUUACAUGGAGAAAACUCCAGGAGCUCAGAACACAGUGUUGACAAACAGGGGAAUCUGACCAAAUGCUACUCUACAGUGUAACAGACUAGUCUUGAUUUCUCAGGAUCAUUAUUCACACCUAACUGACUCUAUGUCGGCAGCACAGACCCUGUCUAACCUCUCACUCUCUUUUGUGUGUUUUCUUCAGGACAGUGUACAGGGUGGCGUACCGUCAGGUGACCAGAGCGGCGCCAGUCUCACACUCUUACCCAGAAUGCUGCCCGGGCUGGCGACAACUCCACUCACACAACUGUAACCAAGGUAAUGGGGGCUAACGCUCUCCUAGCAUCCCAUAUGUUGUGUGUGUGUGUGUUUGUUACAUAUCCUGUCCUCCCCAGCGGUGUGUGUCCAGUCUUGUGUGAAUGGAGGAACUUGUUUAAGACCCAACCACUGUGCCUGUCGUCUGGGCUGGAUAGGACGACACUGCCAAACAGGUACACGCAUACACACACCUGCACACACCUGCACACUAUUGCUAGCACACUUAAAUAAACAAUAUCAGUGACUCUCCCUUCCUCUCUCUAUCAGAUGUGGAUGAGUGCAGUGAGCAGCAGCCCUGUUCUCAUAAGUGUGUGAACAUGGCAGGCAGCUACCGCUGUGUUUGUAGAGAGGGCUACAGGCUGGCAAGAGACAGCCACUCUUGUGAGAGCCUUCCUCCUCCUCCCGCCCCUCCCACCCGCCCCAGCCAGGCAGCAGCAAACGAUUACAGACCCCCCUCCAGUGAUACAGGUACACCUACCUCCUCUUGCUAUUCAUCCACAGGCAUGGUAAUCAAUCAUGUGCUAUGUGUGUGUGUAUUCCAGCAGAGCCUCCUAUGGGAGUGAAGAGGAGAGAGGACAAUAGCCAGGCUCGCCGUCCAUUAUUACUUUUGGUACGCGCUAUGCCAAACUCAACUCGUACCGUGAGUAAUAAUGCACUGCGACUGGUACCAACUGCAAGUGGACCGUAUGCGCUCAACAACCAAGUGUGUGGUCAUGUACAGUAUGGUAUGACCAGAUGAACCAUGCUGAUAACCGCUGUUUCAACAUAGAUUGAUGUAGACUUAUCUUCCUUAUCUUUCGCUUAGGAAAACGUCCCACCAUUACAGAACUUUCGUUUAGUAUUGAGUGAAGCAUCCUUCUCUCCCGCACUUUCACUCAAGCGUUUCUCUAAACUGCUGCAUAUCACUCUGAAGAAAAGGAAAACAGUUGUUCUCAUAAACCACGUUUCCAUCCACAGUUUUUAUGCGAGUAAAGUCAUACCGUAUAAAAAGAAAUCACAACAGCUGUGAUGGAAACAGGAAGUGUCGGUACAAUUUUAUAAAUGGCGACAGAUCAUUUGUUCGUUCGACAUGGUGGGACCUUUUUGUGUCGGUAAAAUGUGUAAUGCGAGAAAUGGCAGUGGAAACACCUUUAUGCGCAAAUAUUGAUAUAAUAACCAUCAUAUUGAAGUAAACUUGGAGUAAUGCGAUGACAUGGUGUGUGGUCCUCCCACUACGACUCGGGAAACCAUGCAGUUUAUUUGGUUACAGAUUAAAUAAGUUAAGAUAAACUUCAAAGGGUGGUGAAAGUGCAAGGUGAUGAGCUUGAUGCUCCUUUCCAAUAAAUAUCGAGGGUCUUAUUCUGGUGACAUGGUGAUCGAUGCUUGGCUGCCACAAUAAUCUCAUCAUGUAGACUAGCCUACCCGCACAGCCUACCCGCACAGCCUACCCGCACAGCCUACCCGCACAGCCUACUGGCACUGUAUCUGCCAGCUGUUGGCUAGAGCGCAGGUGCCAAGACCAGAGUUCCACAUUUGCAAUUUAACGCAACAGUUUUUGUGACAAAACUAUUGGUAGAGUUGAAAAUGCAAUAGACAUUAAAGCUUAAGUGAAAAAUUACAUUUUGUGUACACUACGUCAUCACGCACUGAUUUCUAUCCGCAACAAAUCAGUUUGGUGGAAACACACCACUGGUGGGAAAAUGCGCAUAUUUUCUUUAUGAAGAUUUAGAACAUUCGCAUGAAAAUCUGUCACCAAUUGGACGGAAAUCUAGCUAUAGAUGUGCUUUGUUUGGCGUAACAUAGCAACGGGCUAAAAAGUUAUACUUUUGAAUCAUCUGUCCAUAGAACGUUCUUCCAAGAGUCUUGAUGAUCAUCCAGGUGCUUUUUGGCAAACUUGAGUCAACUAUUUGGACGAGAUGGGUCCCAUUAUGCCUGGCGAAAACCAAACACAGCAUUACACAGUAAGAACAUCAUACCAAAGGUCAAGCAUGGUGGUGGUGGUGUGAUGGUUUGGGGAUGCUUUGCUGCCUCAGGACCUGGACGACUUGCCUUAAUAGAAGGAACCAUGAAUUCUGCUCCGUAUCAGAGAAUUCUACAGGAGAAUGUCAGACCAUCCGUCUGUGAGCUGAAGCUGAAGCACAGCUGGGUCAUGCAGCAAGACAAUGAUCCAAAACGCACAAUCAAGUCUACAUGAAAAUAGCUAAAAAGCAACAUAUUUGAAGUUUUGGAAUGGCCUAGUCAAAGUUCAGACAUAAUCCCAAUUGAGAUGUUGUGGCAGGACUUGAAACGAGCAGUUCAUGCUUGAAAACCCACACGUCACUGAGUUAAAGCAGUUCUGCAUGGAAGAGUGGGCCAAAAUUCCUCCACAGCGACGUGAGAGACUGAUCAACAACUACAGGAAGCAUUUGGUUGGAGUCAUUGCAGCUAAAGGUGGCACAACCAGUUAUUGAGUGUAAGGGGGCAAUUACUUUUUCACACAGGGGAAUUGGGUAUUGCAUAACUUUGUUUAUGAAAGAAAUGAAAUAAAUAUGUAAUUGUUGUGUUAUUUGUUCACUUAUGUUCCCUUGAUCUAAUAUUAGGUUUUGGUUGAAGAUCUGAUAACAUUCAGUAUCACAAAUAUGCAAAAGUAGAGAAAAUUAGAAAGGGGGCAAAUACUUUUUCAUAGCACUGUACAAACUGGUAGUACUGUAUGUACAUAAAGUACAAGAGGCGGCGUUGCCAAACCAAUGACCUCUUCCUCGUAACCGCUUUCUGUCUGUCUGUAUUUGUGUCCAGAGGAAAGGAAAAAGUAGUUAUGACCAAAUUCACACAAGAUGGCUCUUCUCAGCCAAACUUAGACAGGCUGUUCACCCCCCUGAGUGUGGCUGAGGAUGGAUCGAGGGUGGAGGGGGUUAUGUGUGUGUGUGUGUGUGCGUGCGUGCAUGUGGAUGGAUGAAUAGGGGUUAGGGAGAUCUUUUGUCUAAUCAGCACAAAGUGAGAAAAACAGCAGGAAAAAAAACCAAUGACAGAUCUCUGUACUUGGUGAAAGUGACGUGGGGGUGAGGGGAAGUUAGUGGGGGGAAUAUGUGCAGGCUCAGGCUCAGUACAGAAGUGUUCUCCUUGGCCAACAAAGUGCCAGGCCAGCAGGCAGUCGCAGCAUCAACAUCAGUGUUCUGGUUAACAGCCCUAUUAUAACCAUUAACUAUUCAGGCUGAGGUCUGAUGUUGAUGAAGAUCACCAAGAUAAACAUGGGAAUAAAUGCCCUGCUCAGACUGUAACAGCUCUCGUCUGACCCCCUCAUCCUCCCCUUUCCGUCCGUUUCUGAAGGCUUUUUUUCCUUCCUUCUCUCUCCCGCUUCUUGGCCGGGACAAGCUCUCUCAUUCCAGCUCCAUCAACCUCGUCUGCUGGGGGUCACCCCCCCCCCCCCCCGUCCUUUUGACUCAAUAAUAGGCCACAUCUGGGAGAGAUAAAGCUGUUCUCAGUUUGGCCCUAGCUCCGAGACGCGGGUUCCUACCCCAGUUCGGAGCCCCUAGCUCUGGGGACCUGUCGUGGGGAGCAGGGGGACACUUGGUGACUGGUUGGACUCAGGCCAGCCCAGCUCACCCCUCCUUGUCCUGUAACCGAUAGGCAUGACGGACUGUGUGUCUAUAUAUAAUGCCCUCUCUGUCAGUUAUAUGGUGUGUGUCUGUGUCAUUUCCCCAUAUUCUCAGCCCCUUCUGCAGGCUAAUUUAUGGAUUUGUCACCGGCUUCACCCCAAGCUCAAUUCCCCAGCCAGCUCGUAGAUCUUCGGUUCUCUUCCCGUUUGUUUCAAAGCUCUGAGACUGAUACCUCCUGCCUGCUUUUGAAUCACUCUGAAUCGGAGCAAGAUGCAAGAGGCAUUAUCUAUCUCAAAGACAUGUCACAAGUCCAAGCUUUUGAUAGAAUAGGAAGGAUUAACCAUUACACUCUCUCUCUCCCCCUCUGUUGAACCUCUCUGUAAGCUAACCCUACUGGGUCAUAUUCUAUAGGGUUCACCGUAGCAAAACGUUUUGCAACAGAAAAUGAAAAUCUGUGAUUUCAGGCCCCCUCGUUUUCAAAACAUUUUCUCCCUAUUAACAACCUCGGUGUGCAGUUGGAGGGUGUUUUAGAUGGUGGUGAUCCACAUUGUAUUUUCAUGUGUGUGUGUGUGUGUUGUCUACAGGUGGAGGGGUCACAGAGGAGGUACAGAGCCUGAAGAACAGAGUAGAGCUGCUAGAGCAGGUACAUCUGCACUCCUCUACCAUCACACGCACGCGAACGGGCGUACAUACGGGUGUAAAGUCCCCCUUUAACCCUGGCUAAUGCCCCUCUAGCAUCCACCCUGACCCAGCCCUAGUCACACACUGCAUGGUGUAAUAUCAAAUACCACUCAAGAUGUAAUCAUGAACAUUUGUUAACCAACAGAGAACACACACGCUCGCAAAACCCGGCAUCCUUUGAAACGCCAGACUCUGGUAGUGACCUUUUUAAAAGUCUUUAUGGGCUUUUCAUUAGAAUUCAUGUUGUUAAUGCUCCGUUGAUUACAGUAAAAGUCAAUGAAGGGCUGCAGGCAGCUGAAAUGGGGGGGGAUCCAUAUAAUAGAGCAGUACCUUUUACAUUACAGCGACCGCUGCGAUGGCAUUACGGAUUGUAUUGAGAUAUGUUACCAGUAGGAACAUAAAUGAGUUGCUGUCUCCCUACUGCUUGUAUCCUCUCUGUUGUUGUUAGGCACACACAAUACAGUGGUGUCCAGAACACAUUGAUUGAUUAGUUAAUGCCCCUCUCUCCUCCCUUCCCUCCAGAAGCUCCAGUUGGUCCUAGCCCCCUUCACCAGUCUGUUCCCGAUGUCGCUGGACGAGGGCGUGUCUGAGAAGACCAGCUUCCUGUCUCACUCCUUCCAGCAGCUGGACCGCAUCGACUCGCUCAGCGAACAGAUCGGCUUCCUCGAGGAACGCCUCGGAACCUGUGAGUGGAUAAACACACAGUUAAAAAUGUAUUUUCGUUGUACUCCUCUUGUUGGACUAAGUGGCCAAAUAGAGGCUUGAAGUGGAUGUGAAGUGAUUUGGUUGACUAUAGAUAGUAACACCCCACUGGGCACACACUGGUUGAAUCAACGUUGUUCCCACAUCUUUUCAAUUAAAUUACGUUGAACCAAAGUGGAAUAGACGUUGAAUUGGCGUAUGUGCCCAGUGGAACUGAUUUGUCCACUGCUCUGUCUUCACUACAGGUUCCUGCCAGGAAAAUUAGACACAGAACAUGACUGGAUGAAAACCAACCGGACUUCACACAAGUCUGAAUCCACAACACAAUAACAAUAGGAAUGGAAUGAUUGCCCCAGCCCAGGAAUAUGGUAGGAGGAAGAAGGUUAGCAGAACAUAGGCCUACUCAACGUUUGUGUAUUCAUGUUCCUAUACCAGCCCAAAGUUUUGCUCUUGAGAACCCAAGGCAUUAACAAGGCAUUCUGCCUUAUCCCAAGGGUUCUCAGCUAUAAGCACUGCUUAUAGCUGAUUUCUGGUUUCCGUGUUUUAGGUUCACAUCAGUGCAGCUGGUUCCACUGUCAGAGCCACCAUGGUGGGUCUCACAUGGACAUCUGUAUUUGUCUAUUUAAGUUAUAAUUCCUUGUGCUUAUCUAAUAGAGCUACAAUAGACAGUUGGCUUUUUUUCUUUUUUUUUUACAUAGCUUUGUAACUUUUUGUAAUAAAAUUGAUUAAUCAAAAAUGUCUAGUAGAGGAUUUAUUGUGUGAAUGUAGAGUUUAUGUGAAUCCACGUGGAAGAAAUAUAACUAUAUAGAUCGAGAUCUCAUUUUGACCACUCAACGAACACAUUCCUAUACUGAUCAAAAAUAUAAACGCAACAUGUAAAGUGUUGGUCCCAUGUUUCAUGAGCUGAAAUAAAAGAUCCCAGAAAUGUUCCAUAUGCAUAAAUAGCUUAUUUCUCAUAUUUUGUGCACAAAUUUGUUUACAUCCGUUAGUGAGCAUUUCUCCUUUGCCAAGAUAAUCCAUCCACCUGACAGGUGUGGUAUAUCAAGAAGCUGAUUAAACAGCAUGAUCAUUACACAGGUGCACCUUGUGCUGGGGACAAUAAAAGGCCACUCUAAAAUGUGCAGUUUUGUCACACAACACAAUGCCACAGAUGUCAAGUUUUGAAGGAGCGUGCAAUUGGCAUGCUGACUGCAGGAAUGUCCACCAGAGCUGUUGCCAGAGAACGUAAUGUUAAUUUCUCUACCAUAAGCCGCCUCCAAUGUCGUUUUAGAAAAUGUGGUAGUACGUCCAACCGGCCUCAUCUGCAAAGCCUGGGUGUCCGAGGAUAUUAUUUUUUCAUCAAUGAAAUAAGAAACACACAGCAAUAAAGCAACAGCUCCUUAAGAAAAAAAUGACAUUUAUUUAUCAUUUUCCAAGGCAUUCAUCAAACACGUUUAUCCAUAUUUCUGUGAAAACAAGAAACACUUCAUCGUCGGUAUUAACCAGAUACUAUGAUGGGCUUCUUGUUGUGUACACACACACACACAGAGAGAAGGCUCACCAGGAUGUCAUAAGACAAGACACUUUGGCCAGCUCAGUUGUACAUAGUUAUCUUAAGCUACCAACAUUACACUUUAAUAGCUUUGGUGAAAUUCAUAGAAUAUUUUAUGAUUAUAUUUAUAUACCACCCAAACUCAACAUGAAAAAAGUGCUUUAUUAAUUUUUGGAAUACUUUCAAUAUUUCUCCAAUAUCUCCAAUAUAAUUGUGUAAAACAAAACACCAGGUCAACCAACAAGGUUCUCUAAAGAAGUGUUGCAGAGCCUGUCGAGUUAUCACGGUCAACGAGUCAAUGACGCUUUUAGCUGACACACUAGAAAGUUGAGCUACAAAACGUCCAUGAAAAUAAUCAUAGGCUAACUAUUGACCAUUGUCUAAAAUCAUUGACAGUUUACAUUUGGUUAGUACCAAAUUGGUAGCAUCUUUGAUGAACAUUCAAACAUCUUUGUUGCAAGAUAAAAAAAAAUGCAUGAGGAUAAGCAUAAAUAAUAAAAAAUACUCUCCAAAAGAUACUCUCCUAUGAACAAAAACAGAUGUCACAGAUUAAUUGUAUGUAUUUGGACCGACUGGCGUAUGUAUUUUCCUUACAUAGUUGUACUGGUCUUCAAUAACAAAGAUGAGGAAAGCCGAGUUGAUUUCCUCCUAGGAGCCAAGUAAGCCAUGAGUCCAGCAGGUGACACUAAAGCUCCUGCAGCCACUUGACUACGAAGAAGAGUAGUAGUAUACAGGUUUAUUGCCAGACGAAACACAAUGUUUUCACUCCUACAACGUGAGCAGUUCAUCAAUACCAUUUCAAUUCAGUCAUUUUAGGAAGUAAACUGAUAUUCUAAUUCCACAUUUGUCUCGUAGAAUAAUUGGAUUUGGAAUUUCAAUGUAUUUUCUGAAUUGAUUGACCCCAAACCCUGAUCCUCGGGAAGUUUAGGUGCACAAGAAAUAAAAAUGUACUCCGGAGGUUAACUAAUUUAACACUUAAUUUCAAAUAAAUUGAUUUCAUCAUUCACACAUUUCAUAGUGUCAGAAACCGACUUUAUGCAAGACAACAUUCCAUUGGAAUAUGUUAUACUUGAAAGCAACAACAACAACAAAAGUAAGAGUUACAUGCAAUUCGGCUGCAUAUACACAGGCAGCACAAUUCUGAUAUUUUUCCACUAAUUGGUCUUUUGUCCAAUCAAAUCAGCUUUUGCAAAUAAUUGGGCAUAAUAUAAGAAUUGGGCUGACUGUAAACGCAGCCAGAGUAGUACAAAGAAUCAUGAACGCCGAAAUACAUUCUCACACUGGCGUUUGACGGGCAAAAAGCUGCGAGCGACAUUUUAGCAAACUGUAAAGUAAAAGCUGUGAAUAUAAAAAAUUUCAAGAUCUGGAUGCAAAUGAUAAACUGAAUUGCCAUAAACCAAAAGUAUUACUGUAAGAUGUCAUCUGUCUAUUAUUUUCAAAAUAUAAAACCUAAAGUUUAAUUACUUCACAAUCCUAAAAUGUAUGAUUACUGUACCACCUUUCAACAUAAGGCCAAAACUUCACACUAAUCUGAAUUUCAGCCAAUUCUUUUCUUUUUAAAAACAUACCAAGCCUUCUUCCUGCAGUCAGACUUUACAUAUCAUACACCAUCCAUCGAUAAAAACAUCAAUGUAUUAUUCUCAGUUCUGUUUUGCCUAUCAUAAUUGGUCAGAAAACUACAGUAGGUGUUGAGACAUUCGCUUAACUCAUAUCCCUCAUCCUCAAUCUAUAGUAUAAACAGCACCUGUUUCUCAACAGGUAAUCACUCGGAUAGCAGCCCUCCUAGUUACCAGGUAACAAUAAGGAACAUUUGGACAAGCAAAGGAUUUACAAGAGUCGUUACAGUGCUGUUACGAUGCCAAGAUUGUUUUACAGCAAUUGUCAAUUCCCUGGAAAAAGGAAUUGUACAACUUAUUAGGUCAUAUUUUACUUCUUAACCAAGGGUACUGCCAUCACAGGGGUUACCAAACUACAGGUUUGUGUUGUUCUGUUUGAAGAGCAUUUGAUUCCUAUAUCACCUCUGAGAUUUAUUUUUUGGGGUAGGCUGAAACAAGCAGGGUUUAUUAGUUAGUUAGUUAUGGUGCUUUUCCAUUAAGACUUACCCCACACCAGUGAGUUGCCAGUGUUUUAUGUUAAUAUAGGCUCUAGUGUAAUUGUGUUUCCAUCAAGAGUGACUUGGGGCGUGCAGAAUCAACAACCUCUGCAUCAUUCAAGCCAGUUGCUUUGUGGGAAGGUGUUACAUUUCACAGUUAGCCUUUGCUAUGUAAAUGCCAGCUGAAAAGUUCCCAGGGCCUUGCCUUGGUUAGAGCAGGUCCGCCGGAGCCAUGUCCCAGUGAGACAGGUGCUGGCCCACAUGUCUGAGCCUUUUGGGUAAAUCACUGGGGUAAAUCCUCAAUGGAAAUGCACCAUUAGUAAAAAUUCUAGUUCAAACAUUCGAUUUGAGAUGUGAAACAUGGCGACUGUCUCUACCAUCACGAUACCAUCGUCAUUGCAGUGAAGCGAGGACUAAUAACUGAUGUUCAUUGGAAACCAUUUUUAAAAAAGAUCAAUCACUAACAGAUCACUUGUUACAUUUAAAACACUUCCCUCAUUAAAACACGUUGUACUGUAACUGUGUCACAUCUAGAUCACUCCCCACUGUGUUAGGUUUAAAAUACACUCCCCCUCAGUAAAACUCUCUCCUCUGUGUAACAUUUAAAACACUAGCACACUGACAUGGCACAAAAGGAAUCUUAAACUUUGGAACAGUAAUGCUUGGACAUUGCACUUCAUGAAAUCACCUUUGACACUUCGUAAAUAGAGAACAGAUCUUUGAGAAGACAGAAAAGUAGAGUCAAAUUUAUGCCAUUUAGCAGACACUUUUAUCCACAGCGAUUUACAGUCAUGCCUGCAUACAUUUUACGUAUGGGUGAGGAAUCAAACCCACAACCCUGGCAUUACAAGUGCCACACUCUACCAACUGAGCUCAUUGUUUUAAAAAAACACAAGCGAAACAAACAAGAUCAUAUGAUGUAGAAAUAAAUAUAAAGCAAAAUAUAUAACACAGCUGUAGAAAAUACACUUUUUACUCAAUGUUACAUGCAGUUUAUUUCUUAGGCUGUUGGAAAAUAAAAAACCAAGACAAUAUAAUAAUAAUUUGGUGGGUGGCUUAUAUUUGUCCUAUUUCACACAUGUACAAUGUGUAUUAAUACACGUGUGAAUGGGAAAUGUGUAUUUUUGCAUAUCCCAACUCCCGAGACACCCUCAGAGUGGGGUCACGGCCAGGGUAUGCCAUUAUCAACGGCGGCCCUGGAGCAAUUAGGUUUAAGUGCCUUGCUCAAGGUCAGACAGAUUUUCCACCUUGUCGGCUCUGGAAUUCGAACUGGCGACCUUUCGGUUACUGGCCCAACGCUCUAACCACUAGGCUAUCUGCCACCCUAGUACACCAACAAUGCACAGCGUUUGGAAAUCAUUGAGUCCACUAGAGUCCAUGAAUUUACUGAUGAUUGUUCUUGUCGUCGUUGUACUUUGUUUCUUUAUGUCGUAACAGUAUGUCAUUGAGCUAUUUUGAUCAUGUGGAUUGAGAAGCAAGUGUGGUAUGUAUGUAUCGAUAGAGUUGAUUGCACUGAGACACAGAUAAAUAACAAGUCCCUGGUCAACUACUGACCUCUCCUUUCGCUCUGUCACCCUCCAUCUCCCCUCAAGACCCCUGGUCCAGACCCUGGUCCUCCUUCAAAAGAGGCAAGAGGCUGGAAUGCACAACGGAACAGGGGAGGAUAAACUGGGGUUGGGUGGGGUGUUGGGGGAGGGGGUGCCGUGGUGUGUUGUGCGUGUGUGUUAG